GCUUGGACAUCAAGAAUGUCCAGUUCGUCGUGAAUUACGACGCGCCGUCGAACUUGGAGGACUACGUGCACCGAAUCGGGAGAACCGGCCGAGCGGGAGAGAAGGGAGAUGCGUAUACAUGCCUGUACGAUUCCGACAGCAGUAUGGCAAGUCAGAUCAAGAAGGUUUUCAUGAAAACCGGACAGCAGAUCCCUCAAGACCUGCACGAGAUCGCCUCAGGUGGAGGUGGCAUUGCUCAAGGCUGGGGCGCCCGUGGUGGCGGCAAAGGAGGAGGCGGAGGAAUGCCAGUCCUCAAUGGUGAGUGGGGCGGAAAAUACGCGCAGAAUGGUGGAGGCUACAGCAAUGGUGGAAGCGGAUGGUGA